CUCAUUUGCCUCCUCAAAAUAUAUGGCUUCCUCAAAAUUAAUCUCUUGUCUAUUAUUUCUUUCAACCAUUGCAAUUCUUGUACAUGUAGUGAUUUCCGCAGGUCCACUCUACCAUUUUUGCUCAAAAUCUGGAAAUUUCACGGCUGAUAGUUACUAUGCACAAAAUUUGAAAAAUAUCUUAGCUGAUCUCAACUCAAAAACUCCACCAACUGGGUUCUCAACUAGCUCAAUGGGAAAAAAACCCGAUCGAUCACACGGGCUUUCACUAUGUCGUGGUGAUGUUUCAAGUGAGGAUUGCAAGUCAUGUGUACUAGAUGCUAGUCAAGAACUUGUAAAACGUUGUCCAUACGACAAAGAAGCCAUCAUAUGGUAUGAUAAUUGUCUCUUGAAAUAUUCUGAUGAUUGUUUCCGAGGGGAAAUCGAUAAUAGGUACAAGUUUUACAUGUGGAAUCGUGCGGUUGUGAGUAAUCCCGAGUAUUUUGAUUCAAAGACCAAGGAAUUGUUGGGAAGCUUGGUUGAUGAAGCGUAUUGGGUGCAAAAUAUGUAUGCAACGGGAGAAAUGAAGAUUGGAGAAAAUGAGAAAUUGUAUGGAUUGGUCGAGUGCACAAGGGAUCUUUCUAACGAGGAAUGUAAGAAGUGUCUUGAGGGUAUUAUUAGUGAACUUCCAAGAUGUUGUGAUGGACAAAAAGGUGGAAGAGAUGUUGGGGGGAGUUGUAACUUUAGAUAUGAAAUGUACCCUUUUGUUAAUACUCCUUAGAAAUUAGAAUAUAUUAUCAAUGCUUAAUAGAUGAUCAUAUGUAUGGAGGGCUUGACUUAAACAUCCAGUAUCAAUGUAAUUUAGUCUAAAUAAUUUGCAAGUCC